AUGCCACUAUACAUGAUUCAGUCUCAGCAGCAGCCACAGCAGCAGGUGGCCUUCACCGCUGGGAUGAUCAUGCCCAUCAUGAACAAGGGAGCGCUGGCGGGGCGGCAGGCGUCGCCUUCAUCCUCGCCACCGACCCCGUCACCGCUUUCCACAUCGGGUAGUGAACGACAUGGAGCAGCCGCAGCUGCUGCACAGUCCAAAAGGCCUCUGGCGGCUGUCUCUGCACCUGGCGCAUCCGGCGGUGGAGCCUCAUCAACGCGCCGAUCUGCUGGAGCUGUUAGCGGCAGUGAUGCUCGGCUCGCAGCAGUGGAUCCCAUUUCUGCCAGCAUCCAUGCUGCAGCUGCAGCCGCAGCCGCAGCCGCGGCGCAGUCUGCUAGCACUGCCGGCCCUAUCUUCGCACCCAGCUCAGGAGCUCCACCCACCACUGUCAUCGCCACCACAUCUGCCUCUCCGGGGCCAUCGCAGCCGUCCCCACUUCCACCGCCAGGGUCGACGAUGGCGAUGGCUGUGCCAACGACCGAGGAAGCGGCGAAGGAGGUGCAACGGCAGCAAAUCCUUGGACUGGCCAACGCACUCCUCACCUUCUGUUCCAUCGGCAACACGCGUGUCACGAGCAUUCGCCAAUGCACCUCCAGCUUCUUCGUGUUACUGUACCAGCGCCUGUUCGACUGCACCAUAGCAGGAAUCGAUAGAUCGCCGAACACGGCGGAGAAGCGGCGGCACAACGUGAUGUUGGUGCUAGAACAGCUUCGUCAGCACCCUUACUCGCUCGAAGACAUCGAGGCCGAAGAGGUGGUGAAGCUGAAUGAGGACCACAUCAGCAGGCUCAUCAUGGUAUUUGUGCAGGUGGCAGAGGAUAUGCGCCAGCAGCAAGAGUUUCAGCAACAGCAGAAGCAACAGGCAGCGUUGCUGGACCGGCAAGACGCAGUUGGCGGGAAGCAACCCCUUGCACACUCAGAUCACGCAGAGGACUUUGGCGCUGCCAAGACCACCAGCGGGGCCUACGCGCCGGUAGGCUACACAGUCGCCGAGGUGAUCCGACCCCCUGCACCACAGCAGGAAGACUCAGCUGGUACGGGCGGUCUUGGUUAUCACUUCCAUCGCCCCAUGGACAACUUCUACGUGGCCCCCUCACCGCCGCUAAACGGUGGUGCCACAAGCGGGGGAGGUAUUAUCGACCCUAUUGGCGGCAGCGACGCGUACAUGGUUUCUGGUGGAGCCGAGCUCGGAGAGGGGGUGUCGCCAUCCUCUGUCAGUCACUACCUCGACUCCUCCGUCAUGCCAACAGACAACUUGCUGGAGGAAUGGUACCGCAACCUCGUGUGCCCGCCAAUGGGUGGUUCAGCAGAAGAGACAGAAAUGAUGUCGGCUGUAGACCCUGGCCAUGUGUCUCUCCACGGCGGGUUCUCACAGCGCCGUCACCCUUGCUCGGAACGACUCGGGCGCGAGGCAGGAGUGUCGCUCACGUCCUCUGGCUCUCCAUUGUACGGAACUGGGCAGCGCCGCGCCAGUGCAUCGCCGACAGAGAGACGCUCGCCUGUCAGCCGUCCUCGCGACCACCGCAUGCGAAUCCAUGCCGAUGACAUUGUGCGCCGGUUCCAGCGGCUCGAUGAGGCGCUUGAUGCACAGGAGCGGCGGCACCGUAAGCCCUUUGUGGACCCCGCCGCCUCCACCUUGUCCACAGCCAUUCAAGGAGGCCCUGUGGAAAGGGAGCCACAUGAACGCCACCAUCCCCGCCACCCAGCACCCCAACCGGUAUCGUCGUACCCCAAUCAACGCAGCGACGACCUUGCAUCCGCAACGGAAAAGCGCGGUGCUGCUGAAAUCGACCUUGGUGCGCUCCCGCGGCAAAAGGCGCCACCACGGCCGUCGCCACAACAGCCUAUGCAGUCCCAUGCGCCUUCGCAGCAGAACCACCGGCCCUCACGUGCCCCGGUGCACCGGCUUGUCGUGGAGCCCCCGCUGACACGGCAGGAACGCUACUUUCUCGCCAACCGUCCCCAGCACCGCAUUGACGCCGAGCAGCGAGACUGCAAGAUUGAGCGGCUGCGCUCAGCUCGUUACCUAGGCGACAUGCAGCAGCUGCUGCGCCAGCGCAUGCGCCGCGAGUAUGACAGUCAGAUGUCAGCGAUGCGCGGUUCCCUGAAGGAGUCCAUCCGCACUGCGAGGAAGGAGAAGAUCGACCUCAUGCGCCGCGUGCGGGAUGAGAACGCGCGCUACCGUGCCGCCUACGCGAUUCUCAUGGAGGCGGCGGCGAACGAGGCUCAGGUCCCGGCGAGGGUCAUGUCUCGGCACACGGCGCAACUGGCAGACUACUACGCGACAGCACUGCAGCAUAGCUUCGCUGUGUGCGAGUCGCUGAAGCAAGAGGCGGACCGUCGUACCAAGAAUGAGCUGUUGCGCUACGCGGAAGAGGUAAGUGCGUGGCAACAGCAUUUUCUCAUGUAG